GCGGGGCCAAGGCUGCCGCCGCGGUGUUGACUUUCGAUUUGCUUCCCAACUUUUUUGAGGGAGCUCCACACGCGCGGGCAACUGUGGAAGCUUGAGUUCCAUGCCCCGUUGCCCGAUCCACGAGACAGAGACAUCAAGACCACAGAUUGGACGGCCAGCAACACGAGAAGCUCUGUUAAGCCGCCGCCAUGUCGCUCAACAUCCCCAGCGCGCCAAAUGCUGGCCUCUUCAAGCAGGGCUACAAUAACUACGACUCGGAAGAUGGCGCCGUCUUGCGCAACAUCGACGCCUGCCGGGCCAUCUCGUCGACCGUCCAGACGUCGCUGGGCCCCUACGGGCGCAACAAGAUCGUCAUCAACCACCUGCAGAAGAUGAUUCUCACCUCCGACGCCGCCACUAUCCUGCGCGAGCUUGAUGUCGUGCACCCCGCCGCCAAGCUGCUCGUCAUGGCCAGCCAGCAACAAGAGUCCGAGAUGGGCGAUGCCACCAACCUCGUCAUCGUCCUUGCCGGCGAGCUGCUGAGAAAGGCCGAGGACCUGCUGCGCAUGGGGCUGAAGACGUCCGACAUCGUCACCGGGUACGAGCGCGCCCAGAAGAUCGCCCUCGACACCCUCGAGGAGCUCGAGAUCGACAAGGUGGAGGACCUGAGGUCGCAGGAGGAGCUCAGCAAGGCCAUCCGGACCGUCAUCGCCAGCAAGCAGAACGGCAACGAGGACUUCCUGGCGAACCUCGUCUCCGAGGCCGUCCUCUCGGUGCUGCCCAAGAACCCGGCCAACUUCAACGUCGACAACGUCCGCGUCGUCAAGGUCAUGGGCGGCAGCCUGGACCAGAGCCGCGUCGUCAGGGGCAUGGUGUUCGCCAAGGUGCCCGAUGGGUCGGUCAAGGCGGCCAAGAACGCCAAAGUCGGCGUGUUCACCUGUCCGAUAGACAUCUCCCAGACGGAGACUAAGGGCACCGUGUUGUUGCACAAUGCCAAGGAGAUGCUAAACUUUACCAAGGGUGAGGAGGAGCGGCUCGACGCCGCCAUCAAGGAGCUGCACGACGUCGGCCUGCGCGUCGUCGUGGCGGGCUCCACCGUCGGCGAGCUCGCCAUGCACUACUUGAAUCGGUACGGCAUCUUGGUCAUCAAGAUCCUCAGCAAGUUCGAGCUGCGACGGCUGUGCAGAGUUGUCGGCGCCACGCCGCUCGCCCGGUUCGGCGCGCCCAUGCCCGACGAGAUGGGCAACAUCGACGUGGUGGAGACGCAGGAGAUUGGCGGCGACCGGGUGACGGUCUUCAGACAGGAGGACGAGGCGACGCGGACGGCCACGAUCGUCGUCCGCGGCGCCACGCAGAACCACAUGGACGACAUUGAGCGGGCCAUUGACGACGGUGUCAGCGUCGUCAAGGCCAUCACCAAGGACCCCAGGCUUGUUCCCGGCGCUGGUGCCACAGAGGUCGAGCUCGUCGAGAGGAUACAGGCCGUUGCCGAUAAGACGCAGGGGCUGGCGCAGUAUUCGAUCAAGAAGUACGGCGAGGCCUUCGAGGUGGUGCCGCGGACGCUGGCCGAGAGCGCCGGUCUGGAUGCCACCGAGGUUCUCAGCAGACUGUACGCCGCCCACCAGAAGGAGGAUGGCUGGUCGACGGGCGUCGAUAUCGAGAACCAAGACAACACCGGCACACUGGACGCCGAGGACGAGGGCAUCCUGGACCUGCUGGUGAGCAAGCAGUGGGCCAUCAAGCUUGCCACCGAAGCAGCCCGCACGGUGCUCUCAGUCGACCAGAUCAUUGUCGCCCGGCAAGCUGGCGGGCCGAAGCCGCCUGGUCCUAACCCUAACUGGGACGAGGAUUGAACGCGAUGGUCCUAACUAAGUGGUGUUCGCUCUCUCGGGCCGGGAAAAGGGGUUCACUUGCAUUUAGACUCCAGGAAUUCAAUGUCAACGUCCAAUAUCACACCCACGGCUGGUGUACGUGAACCUACACAAGCUGCUGCAGCGUGUUCUGCGCUCUCCCGCGCCAUCAUUGAAAUCACGUUGCCUUCGACUCCUUGCUCGGUGUUCGCGGUCAUGGAUCCCUUCCCUCCGCUUCGGCCAGCAUUCACCGUUGGUCCGGCUUGUAUAAAGUUUCAACAACCUCUCCUGAGAGACUCGCCGAGUAUGUCGCCCAGGUGGCACCCCCAGGGUCUUCC